CUGUGGCUAGGCAUGCCAGCCUGGUAUGUUGCUGCCUGCCGUGCCAACGUGAAGAGUGGAGCUAUUAUGUCUGCUUUGUCUGAUACUGAGAUUCAAAGAGAAAUUGGAAUCAGCAAUCCUCUUCAUCGCUUAAAACUCCGACUGGCAAUCCAGGAGAUGGUAUCACUGACAAGUCCAUCAGCACCUCCAACAUCCAGAACACCCUCAGGCAAUGUUUGGGUGACCCAUGAAGAAAUGGAAAAUCUUGCUGCUCCAGCUAAAACGACCCUGGCUUAUGGGGACAUGAACCACGAAUGGAUAGGUAACGAGUGGCUUCCCAGUCUGGGUUUACCUCAGUACCGAAGUUAUUUUAUGGAAUGCCUGGUAGACGCGAGGAUGCUAGAUCACCUGACAAAGAAAGAUCUGCGUGUGCACCUAAAAAUGGUGGAUAGUUUUCAUCGAACAAGCUUGCAAUAUGGAAUCAUGUGUUUAAAGAGGUUGAAUUAUGAUAGAAAAGAACUGGAAAAGCGAAGAGAAAUGAGUCAGCAUGAAAUAAAAGAUGUGCUGGUAUGGAGCAAUGAUCGAGUCAUACGCUGGAUACAAGCCAUUGGCCUCCGAGAAUAUGCAAAUAACAUUCUAGAAAGUGGUGUACACGGUUCACUUAUAGCACUGGAUGAAAACUUUGACUACAGCAGUUUAGCUUUAUUACUACAGAUUCCAACACAAAACACCCAGGCACGGCAGAUCCUUGAGAGAGAAUACAACAACCUUUUAGCACUAGGAACUGAAAGACGACUUGAGGAAAGCGAUGACAAGAACUUCAGACGUGGCCCCUCCUGGCGACGACAGUUUCCUCCGCGCGAGGUUCACGGGAUCAGCAUGAUGCCAGGCGCCUCGGAAACGCUGCCAGCUGGGUUCAGGCUCACCACCACAUCAGGGCAGUCACGGAAGAUGGCGACGGACGUUGCUUCAUCACGACUUCAGAGGUUAGACAGCUCAACAGUUCGCACAUACUCAUGCUGACAAGGCCUAGCAAAGAAGGCAGCACUGAAUUGUUAUGUCAUCUCUUUCUUCUUCUUUACCUGAAGUGCACUACCACGACUUAGGAAAAAGAACAUUAAAACUCUCUGCAAGAACAGGGUAAUAGGGAAGAGAACACAUAUGGUCUAUCAGACAAACAAAUAUGAUGUUCCUUUCAUGUAUUGGUUAGUUUAAAACAUGAAUAAAAAUACCUAAAUUACUA